UGAGAGAAGAGGACUUUGAACUCGGGCUGAGACUGAUGACGAGACACGAGGACACAAGUAGAGGAAAGUACGCACAAGUACACUGAUUGAGAAACGCCGUAGAUCUCAUCGUUAUGAGGUGAAACAGUUCUUUUCACCGCUAAGCUCCGCCGCCAGCCCGCCCCGGUGAUCAUACCAUGCGCACCCGGGGAAGCCCGUGUGCCACGUGACAAUGUUUACUUCAUAGCGGACCGUGGAGCGGCUCCCCGCGGUGUGAGACGCGUUCGCUUCCUCAUCGCUGAGACACGUCCCGACCACAGGCAGACACAGCUGACAGAGAGAUGAGCGUCCCCAGGCAGAGCGCCAGAGCCCUGGUGGCGGCCUACGGCCUCAGCCUGGAGCAGCAGAUCGUCGGACGAGGCUCCAACCUGGCGUGCAGAGACGAGGGUCUGUGGACGCAGGCGGAGCUCCUGCUGCGGGGCGGAGGCGCCCUGGAGACGCACUGCCUGGGACUGGAUCCACUGGGCGUGAUGGAGGAGUCUCUGGCGGCGGCGGCGAUGAUGCCAGCAGCCGGCGCCGGGCGGGUCAGGACCAGAGGGGGGCUGCAGGGCCUGGCUAAGGCCUUCGAGGUCCUGGAGCAAGCGGCCCUCAACCUGUACCUCGGUCCCUGGAGGGACGAGUACAAAGUCGUCAAGAUGUACUCCGGCAUGUUCACCCACAACAUCAAGCCGGUGCUGUCGAUGCCGCAGAUCGAGAAGCUGUUCGGCCUGCUGGGGUACCAGCCCAGCUCGUCUCGCCACGAGCAGCUCCGCCUCCGGCCGCCCGCCGUGGGCUCGGCCUCCCCGGAGGACCUCCUCUGCUUGUCGUGUGCCUUCUUCCUGGCCCGCUGCGAGUGUGGCCUCCUGCUGGCGGCUCUGGGGAAGCACGGCGGGGAGGCCCAAUGGGAGCUGAGCGCGGUGAGGGAGAGGCAGAGCGGGACCGGCGUACAGGUCGCCCUGGACAACACCAGGAAGACGCUGGGCGCCGGGCCGCCGUAUGACGGGGAGGUGGAUCUGUACACCGACGAGCACAUCAACGGGCGGCAGGACGACGCCCCGCCCCCCUCGUUGAGCAGCGCGUCGCCUCCCCCCGCCGCCCCGUCCAUCAGAGAGCACGCCUGCGUCUCUAAGCUGGACUGCCAGCUCACCACGCCGCCGGGCCGCUGCCAGAGCGCGGCGUCGGCCGGCCCCCUGUGCGAGUGCCACCACAUCGCCCUCCUCUGCCUGAGGCGCUGCGUCGACUGCGACGUCACGCACGACGUGGCGUGCGCCUCGUUCCAGCGUUGCCGCUUGGCGCACCACCGCAUCGAGCUGCCCGACAGCCCCGCCGAGGAGGAGAGAGAAUUCAGGGCGCCGUCGCCGCACGGCGUCAGCCUCCGGGCGGCGGGCGCGUCGCCGACGCUCUCCGGCGGCGACGCGAUGUCGUCCUUCGCCCUGUGCGACGCCCCCGGGGCGAUGAUGCCGCCCCUCCACCCGAUCGCCUACCACGGCUGCUGCGACCUCGCCCGGCCGGACCCCCGGGCCCUGUGCGUCAGCUGCGGCGUCUUCCACGCCGGCACCUGCCGAGACAUCGCCUUCUGCCAGAGCCACCACGACCUCCGGCCGCUCGGCGUGUGCGCCUGCGGGCGCGAGUGCUCCCGCAAGCCGCUGGUGCUGUGCCGGUACUGCGGCAGCGAGUACUGCAGCGACUGCUGGUACCGGAGCCCCGUGGCCUGCUCCUGCGGUCAGACCUUCGACCAGUCGUCUCCGGUGUGAGGCGGGAGCGUCACCGUCACCGUGCCUUAGAGGACCGACACGAGGCCGCUGCUCACCGCUCCUCCGCCAGGACACGCCUCAGUUCUUCUACUAGUGGCCAGAUUCACCGUGUUCACCGUAUUCAGAGCGUUGUGUAGAGUUGGGACUUGAAGUCGUGGUUUCAGGUUGAGCUCCUCGGUCACUUUGAACCUAAUUCAGUGUGAAGCACAAGAACACACACACACACACACACACACACACUCUCUCAUGAAGGUCAAUAUGCUGUGUGUUUCAUAGUCCUUGACCUGUUGGUAUCAGAGGCCUGAGAUCUGUGUCACGUGUUGUUGACCUUGAAUGACCCUCGUGGACGUUUCACCGUGAGACUCUCUUCAUUAUUUGCAUUGAGACGAUUCUCUUUUUGGUCUGAGGUUGUUUGUGUCAAUAUGAUGAACAUUUUUUCCAUGUUCUUAUGAAUAAAAAGCUGUAUAAAUCCGA